AUGGUUCAUCUAACGCUCGAAGGUGAGGGGGAUCCUGACUUACCUGACAAGCUUCCCCGUCUGCACAUGCGCAGGGAACGAGCUUUGGAAAAUCAUUCUACAAGUUGUAGGCUCGAGUCUCAAACAUCGUCGAGAAAGCUAGUGGACGGUCUGGCCAUCUCCAGCAUGAAGUGUGACCGCGCCGAUCUGCUCGUUGGGCCUGCUCCCUGGGCCCGCCCGCUGCGGAAGGUGGUGGCACUGGUGGUGGGAGAUGGGGUUGUGUUGCCAAAGGGCGUUCGAUGGUGUCACCUUUCGGGCACGAGAUGA